GAGUAUGGGCAGAGACUGUGCAUGACAGGGAGACAGUACAGUAAGCAUGUCUCUCCCUCCACAGGAGUAGGCACUACUGAUGUCUGGCACAGCCCCCUCUUCUUCCUCUGUCCUAGUGAUUGGCCGGCAGCUGGCACCUAGUGACCUCCAGCACUAGUCGGGCACUGCUGCUGUGACUCACAAAACGCCGGUGACCCGGUCCCAUCAGCCUGGGGAAGCCUGGGAGCGGCGGCGCAGUGCGCACACACAGUAAAAGGCUAUAGGAAGGUCGCUGAGGAGCUGCUGCCGCCGGUAUACAGCACUCAGCGCUGCUUCUGCUUGCUAUCUAUCAGCAGCCCAGCCUGCCUGCAGGAGAGAGUGCUGCAGCCCAGCAUCCGAGCAGCUGCAGCCACAGGAGACCGUCCCCGGUGGCACCUCAUCCCCAUCACACCAGCCUAGGAAUCCUAUACACCAGAUUGCUGAUCCAGGGACCUGCAGGCAGACUGGCACACAGGAUCAAAAAAGAAAUGGGAAGGAAACUGGAUCUUUCCGGCCUGACUGAAGAUGAAGCUGAGCAUGUCCUUCAGGUGGUGCAGCGAGACUUCAGCCUCAGGAAGAAGGAGGAAGAAAGGUUAAGUGAAUUAAAGCAGAAGCUGGAUGAAGAAGGCAACAAGUGUUCAAUAUUGUCAAAGCAACAGAAGUUUAAUGAGCACUGCUGCAUCCGAUGCUGCUCUCCCUUCACGUUUCUCAUUAACUCAAAGCGGCAUUGUCUGGACUGUAAGUUCAACAUCUGCAAGAACUGCAGCUCCUACCAAAAAAAAGAGAAGGCCUGGAUCUGUAAUGUCUGCCAGCAGACAAGGCUGUUAAGGACGCAGUCUUUGGAAUGGUAUUACAAUAAUGUGAAGAGUCGCUUUAAACGUUUUGGCAGUGCCAAAGUGCUGAAGAACUUGUACAGAAAACACAGGCUGGAGAGUGGAGCAUGUGCAGAAAUCGCAGAGGGAAGUUUUAUUGAUGAAAGCUUAGAAAAUGAAGGAAGCAUUUGUGGAAGUGACUCUACAUUCUACAGACAAACACAAGGGCACAGCAUGAUGGACACCCUUUCAGUGGCCUUACGUGUGGCAGAAGAAGCAGUGGAGGAAGCAAUUGCCAAAGCUGAAUCAUACGGUGAUAGCUUGGAUAAACAAAAUGAGGCUUGCUAUUUACGGGAGCAUAAGGAAGAACUGAUUGAGGAACUGGCUACAACCAUUGUUCAAAAGAUUAUCAAAAGGAAGAAAAGCAAAGGCGAGCAGGCUGAGGUGGUGUAUGAGUGGCAGCAGUCUAGGGGCAGUGUCCUGGUUUCCCCAUCUAUGUCUGAGAGAAGCAUGCUGACUCUUCAGGAGCGGGGAUCAGAUGCAAUGUGGAGGUCCCACUCUGCCUUUUCUCUGAUGAGUGAUGAUGCCGCAAGUAACCACGCUGAUAUGAAAUCUAGUACCCCAGAGCCACGCUGCCAGCUGCAAAGAAGCCACAAGAGAAGACAAAAAGAACACAGACCCUCUACAUUGCCGAGUUGGAAAAGUGUGGACAGUUUAUAUGAUUCAAGCCCAUCUCCUGUUCUACAGAGUUCUGAUGGAAACUGGGUAGCGCUACAGAGUAUAACUUUGCCUCCGCCAAGAAUGCUUGCUCAACCAAAGAGUCAAGUAUUCAAAUCAUUAGAGAAUGAAUCAACUGUUGUCUCAGCUUACGAUGAAAUGGGCUCUGACAGUGAUGAGGAAGUUGACUGGAGUUUAGCGCUUAACGCCUAUCGACGAAGAACAAGACAGUUGUCGGAGGAUUCCUGCUAUACAGACUCCCAGUAUAAUACUGAAUGGACAUGUGGCAAUGAUUAUUAUCAGCCUGUAACAUCACCAUCAUCGGGGCUGUUUACAAACACGGAAACUGUAUUUUCUGAUUCUGAAACCUCAUCAGUGAACUCCUUAAAGGAGAAUAGGGUAUCGGCUAAAUCCAUUUGGCCAAACAGAAAGGCCCCAAGUGAACAAAUGCAGAAAGAACACGUUUAUGGAAAGAUGGAUAUUAACUUUAAUCCGCAGUCCAAUAGUAUGGAAUACUCAGACAGCAGUGAGGCAGAAAAAAGCCAAGUUGAUGUUGAGAAAAGGUCAAGGAGAUGGAGAAAGAACAAAGUGGCCCUGGAAGAGAUGGGAGAGGGGAGCAGUAAUAUAAUGAAAGCGCAGAAAAGGACUUUAGGCACAAAUAAGGGCUGUAGUGAUUUAUCAGAAACUGAGCUGAGCAGUGGAGACCAACAUCAAACUAAAUCCAAUAACCUUGAGAAAACGCUAAAAGCAAGAUUAAGUGAACUAACAGCAAAGCUUAGCGACAAAGAAACCUCUUCUGGAGAGGAACAGGAUUCAGAGCCUAGAAUGGAAACUGGGAACUGUGAAAUGUCAUCAGAGGACAACUCCCAGUAUGUCCAUGAGGAACUGAAGAAGGAAAAGCGGCAAGCGUUAGAACUCCAUUUAAAACUGCAGUUUUUGUCCUCAGUACUGCAAGAGAAGUACUCUGCUGUGUCUCUCUGCAACAUAUCAACAGAAGUUCUAAAGGUCAUCAAUGCAACUGAGGAACUGAUAGCAGGAUCCACAGAUCCAUGGGAUUGCUCAGAAAAUACUCUUGGCCGAGAGACUUACUCUAUAGUUGCUGACCCUCUCAGACUAGAUGAACAACUCACCAAACUGGAAGAAAAUGUAUAUCUCACAGCUGGUACUGUGUAUGGCUUAGAAGGUCAACUGGAAGAGAUAGAAGACUCUGCGCGCAAAAUCAACAGUGUAACUACUGAAAUAGAACUUGCUGAUCUUGAAGAUCAAGUGGCAACAGCAGCUGCCCACGUCCAUCAUGCUGAGCGUCAGAUUUCAGAUAUUGAAAGCAGAAUAUCAGCUCUUACAGUCGCUGGCUUAAAUGUUGCUCCAUGUGUACGGCUGACGAGAAGACAUGAGCAGAAGAUUACUAAUCAGAUUCACACAAUAGACUCCUCCAGACAGCAAAGGAGAAAAUUACCAGCAACUCCUCUGCAAGAUGAAGAACCUGAAAUUCCAGCAGUGACCACAAUGAGGGCAUUUAAUAGAAAUUUUGUACUGCAAGGAUCUUUAACUCAGAGAAGUAAAGAACAGAAGAGUAUUGCGAAGGAUGUAAUGGAACCUACCAAGGGCUCAACCAUAAUGUAAAGACACAUAUUUACACUGCCAAAUAGUAUGAUGCCUAAAGCUGUACACAAGAGUGCCUUUAUUUGACAGCCAUUGUGUUAUCCAUGGAAAACUGGUUCUUGUGUGAUGAUGAAAUGCCUAUAUAACCAGGAGUUGUCCAGAUGCCUCGCUGGAAUGGUCUAUAUUUAGGGUCUGAGAAGUGGAACUCUGCCUUAAGUUCUUUGGAGACACCGGAAAAGGUUACUGAGUUUCAGAAAAGGCUCUCUUUAUUAUGCACUUUUUUUAUUAUUUCUGUCCCAGUACAGGUAAUGUGUCGAAAACAAAAAAAACUAUGGUUUUUUUUGUAUUAUUAAUUUUUGAUGUAUUCAUAUGCCAAAUUCAAUGUAAGAGCAAAUGAUUUUAUCAUGAAGGUGUAUUUUACAAACAAGUGUCUGUAUCCACACUGGUCUUACAUGGUUGCUGUGCUGUUUUCUGACAGAUGUAAUAUAACUACAUAAAAAAGCAAUUUGUAUUGUAAAUUGAUUUUCACUAAUUACUCUUGGCCACAUGACUCUUUUUUUUCACAGCAAUCUCCUGUAUUCCUUCCAGAUGUUUGUAUAAUUUAAAGAUAACUUAUUUAUCUGAAUAAAUCAUAUCUUUCUAAAUCGGGUUGGGUAUGGAAUCCCGCCGGCGUUCAGAAUACCAAAGCCGGGAUCACAGGCCGCCAGAAUGUCGGCAGCGGGGUAAUUGCUAGAAAGCCCCUUGCGUGCUCCCAGCGCUCGCCAUGCUGCGGGCUCGGAGGCUCGCUGCACUCUCCACAGGUUCUAGUCCCACUCUAUGGGUGUCGUGGACACCCACGAGUGGACAUAGUCCUGGCGCAGCUGUCGGCAUUCUUGGCGGUCGGGAUCCCGGCAUUGGUAUCCUGACUGCCGGGAUCCCAACCGGCGGGAUAGUAACUACAUCCCUUUGACAUCAUCAGGCACUACAGUUUGGUAUAUAUAAUGGUAUAUUGAUUUAAAAUUUUCCCCUGAAUUCUAGAUAAAUACAAAUUGUAAAGAUGCUUUUGUCAUUUUCACCAAAGCUUUUAGCUGUCUGGGCAGCGUGUAGUACUCUGUUAUAAAAUAAAUCCAAUGAGCAGAGUUAUGCUGUGUUACAGUAUAUUCAAGGGCAACAAAAUAAACAACUCUAGCCUAGUUUUGUGAUAAACAGAACAGGAAGCCUUAAAGAUAAAACAAUGGCCCUCAUUCCGAGUUGUUCGCUCGGUAUUUUUCAUCGCAUCGCAGUGAAAAUCCGCUUAGUACGCAUGCGCAAUGUUCGCACUGCGACUGCGCCAAGUAACUUUACUAUGAAGAAAGUAUUUUUACUCACGGCUUUUUCAUCGCUCCGGCGAUCGUAAUGUGAUUGACAGGAAAUGGGUGUUACUGGGCGGAAACACGGCGUUUCAGGGGCGUGUGGCUGAAAACGCUACCGUUUCCGGAAAAAACGCAGGAGUGGCCGGAGAAACGGUGGGAGUGCCUGGGCGAACGCUGGGUGUGUUUGUGACGUCAACCAGGAACGACAAGCACUGAACUGAUCGCACAGGCAGAGUAAGUCUGGAGCUACUCUGAAACUGCUAAGUAGUUAGUAAUCGCAGUAUUGCGAAUACAUCGGUCGCAAUUUUAAGAAGCUAAGAUUCACUCCCAGUAGGCGGCGGCUUAGCGUGUGUAACUCUGCUAAAUUCGCCUUGCGACCGAUCAACUCGGAAUGAGGGCCUAUGUGAUUAGUCAAAGCCACAGACAGGCAAGUACACAUCAAAACAUUAAAUUCAUGAUACAGUGAAAAUCCUUUUAAAAGUGUAUCUCCAAACAAUAUUUUAAUUCAUAUCUCCCACAUAGAAAUACAAUGAUGUGCACAUAAUUAAUGAUUUUGCUGCUUUAUGGAUGAAAUAUAGCCGUUAUCACCGUUUAUGCCACAUUAGGAGUCAACCUGUGUUCCAAAGUGUUGAUUAUAAUUUUUGAAAAAUAAUUUGCUAAGCAAUGCCUGGAUCUUUCUUGAUGUGUACAAAACAAUGUUUGUAUGUGAUGUGUUUCAAUAAGGCAAGGGUUAAUAGCAAUGAUUUGUAAAUAAUAUACAAUUAGGAAUACAAUUAAAAAAAUAGCAUUAUUCUUUUUAAAAAAUAAUAUUCACAAAACCAUAUAUUUAUUUGCACAGUGCCCUUUAAUAUUUGUAACAACUUAAUGCAAUACAAAUCACAAAUAAAUACUUUGUAGAAAAUAAAAAAAAAUCAUAAACUAAUUAAAUACAGUUAUAACACUCCUAAUCAAAUAAAGAAUCAUUGGGUUAUUUAUAGAAGAAAAAAUAGGUAAUUCAGGGUCAAAUUAUUUUAUGUAUAUCAAUGAAAAAAUCCACAAAAAUCAGACUAAUAUUAACUCUUUAUGUAUUAGACAAUCAUAGUUAUUAUUUUUUUUACCGUUUUGCUUAAAAUUAUUUUUUUAUUCAUACAGCCAUCAUGUAAAGCACAUGUGACGUGGGCCUAUAUUCAUGAUUAUAUCUCUAAAAAAAAAAUUCUAUGCCAAUCAGAAACAUGCUCCCUUGUCCCUUAAAUAUUGUUUAUGCAUUUUGUACAGCGAGCUGUUUUUGCUUCUCAUUCUCUUCUAACAAACUCUUAUUUAUUAAGGACAAGUUUAAUUUAAGCCACUGUUUGUGAUUACUAUUAUUAAUUUUUUAUUUUUUUAUUUUAAACAAAUGUGAAUGAUAGCUAGUUGUUGACUUUAAAAGGUUUGUUAUAAUCUGAAUGGAAUGAAAAAUUCUAGACUCGUUUUGCCCUUUGUUAUGUUUCUGUGUAAACAAAUGUUUAAUGUGCAGUAGAAUGGUUCCCAUAAAAGCAUGUAAUGUAGUGUACUAAUGUUAAUGUUAAAUUAUCCAGUCUUCUGAAAUGAAAUAUGUACUAUGUAAGCACUGCAAAAAGUCAUCCAUGUUUUAUUUCGUCAAGAAGAUUUAUUUGUGCCAAAUGAGUGUAAGAGUUUAUUGUUCAAAUGCAAAUAUUAUAUCACACUGAUAAUUAUUUUGCCAUUAAGUGAUUCUUUUAGUUUUAAUAUUUAUAUCAAGAUUAAUUUUUUUUACAAAUGAAAAUAUUUUAAAGGUUACAUACAGUAAGAGUAUAUCGCAAAAAAUCUAUUAAAUUUUAUUUGAAAAAUAUACAAUGUAUAUAAAUGUGCUUUCAUGUCAUCUGUAGCAUAUGUUUACAAUGAGAUUUCACCAGAGGACAUUAUGGGAUAGAGAUGGUUUUAAGGAACUGAUGUAAUUAAAAUGCAUGUCAGUUUAAAUUAUUCUUGAAAAAUUAAACAGCCUUGAUUACAAAGACAAACUUCAAAAAUAUAAAAGUUAUAAAUCAUUAA